GUCAGCUGAUUCAGCCAGCUGACGUUAAAAAUAUGGUGUUAGUCAGAUAGAUGACUUCAACACCGUGUGUAGGCUUCAUCGACCAGUUUUAACCAUAACUAAGUGUUUGACCAAAGCUGGUGGAGUUUAAUGUGUCUUAGGUGGGUUUCCGACGCCAGCGUUAGCGGUGUUUGGAUAGCAGCAUGUCGCUGAGGACGUUUCCUCGGUAGAAGGCUUCGGUGAAAUAGUGACGAUACGUUUACCGAUGUAUUAAGAUAACAGGUUUUGAUCAGGUUUCCACAGAUAUCUGUCUCUCUCUGAACGUCAUGGCGUCUUCGUUUACGCUCGGCAGAAAGUUUCGUGAGAGAGUGAAAGGGUUAUUGGAAAACGAAUCCCGCACCUCACCGAGUCUUAGCGAGCAAUUACAGGCUCUCAAAGAACAGCCAAACAUUUCAUUUAAAACGGCCAGAAAGCUGCAGAAAUGUCUUCAGGAGAAUGGAUAUCCAGUCUAUCUUCAUGAACUGCUGGAAGACAGCACACUUAAUCUGCCGAAGGUCGAACUGCCUCCAAGAAACCCUCAGUUGGUGGCUCGCUUGGAGAAGAUUAAGGCAAAACUAGCCAACGAAGAAUAUAUGAGAAUCACCCGGAACGUAAAUCCUCAGGAAGUAAGUCAUGGAUCCUUAGCAGACAUUGGAAGACAAGUCCGCUCUGUUAAGGCUGUUGUUGUUACUGUGUUCAACUUCCUGGUAACAGUGGCUGCAUCCUUCGCUUGUGCCUACCUUGGCAGUCAGUACAUCUUCACAGAGACGGCAGCGAGAAUCAUUUCUGCAGUGAUUGCAGCAUCUGUAGUUGGACUGGCAGAGCUUUACAUUCUGGUCCGAACCGUGGAGGGUGACAUGGGAGAGCCAUAACGCCCAGUGACAAUUAAAUGACUCGUGCACUGAUCAGUUGAUCCUAUUCCAGUGGAUCUAAUCAGGGACCAUUCUUUUAGUAAUCCAGUCAAAUCCAGAUGGAUUUCAUUAACGAACUGGAUUAAAUCACAGUCUUAAACAGGUUGUUAUUGGGAUAAAUGUAAUCUUCAAAAUUAAGAACACCGUGACUCUUCCAAGGAUGUCUGGGAUAAUAUAUAAUACAAAUCCAUGUAGCAGAAGUAUGUAAAUGAAACUGGAGGAAGAAUAGUACUUUGUUAUAAAAGAAGUGAUUGAUUAUAUCAGAUUGUACUGAUGUGACUUGGUGAAAUGUGCCGUUCAGUUCCUAUAGUUAAUGUAAAGCUGUCUCCAGUGGAUCAAGUACUCACACCUGAUGAUGUUUUGGUAAACUAGCAUGAAAUCUGGUAUAUCAAUCAUUCUGUUCUGGUUAACCAAACAUUACUAAACCAGGAUCACCCUUAUGCAGAUGGAAGGUUUUUGAAAACCAGUUCCAGGAAAUGUUUAGGCUAAAACUAAGGACUGGAUUGUAGUAAACUGGUUAUUUCAUUGGUUAUAGGGGGGAGAGAAACAAAUUUAGAAGUCAAGCUUUUGAAGACCAAGUCAUCCAUUUAUAAGUUUAUCCUUUAUAAAAGUAUUUUGUUUCAGUUCUGCAUAAAAUUCCGUAAAACAAAGUAAAGGAUUAUGUAACCCCACAAAAGACUGAUAUGCAGAGAGGAAGUCCCGAGAAGGAAAUAAAUGUUACACUUCUUACUUA